CCAAAGUUCAUGCUUGGGAGCUUUUGUUCGAUGCCAGCACCUCCUGCACCGCACCCACAUCACCAACAUAUCACCUCGUCAUGGCUUCACCAGCUGCGCUAGGCUCCAAAGCCUUGCGAGCUAGCCACCGCCGCAUUCCUCGAGUUGCCCUUCAAACCAGAGGCCUCGCUGCUCCAGCUUCCGGCAGCUUUCAAUACGAGACUGGAAAUGCCUCUGGCGUCAAGUACGCCGGCAGAGACAUCCCAGGAGCGACCACGACCUUGGCCGUUGUCGCAAAAGCUGGCUCCCGAUACGAACCUUUACCAGGAUACUCGGAUGCUCUCGAAAAGUUUGCUUUCAAGUCCACCACCAAGCGAUCGGCCCUUCGAAUCACCAGAGAAGCCGAACUUCUAGGUGGUGAGCUAUCAGCCUACCACUCCCGAGAAAGCCUCGUCCUCCGAGCCAAAUUCCUGCGAGAAGACCUGCCAUAUUUUACCGAACUGUUGGGCGAGAUCAUCACAAAAACAAGAUAUGCAACUCACGAGCUCAACGAGGAGGUGAUUCACGUUAUCAAGCUAGGCCAGAAGGCUCUCUUGGGCUCCCCAUUAUCCUUGGCCCUUAACUCGGUUCAUGGGACUGCUUUCCACCGCGGCUUGGGCCAGCCCUUAAAUCCAACCUCUUCCUCUCCUCUCAAAUACCUCGACGCCGAAGGCAUCGCCCAAUUUGGAGACGCCGCAUACGCAAAGGACAAUUUCGCGGUCGUCGCAAACGGUGCCGCCCACUCGGAGCUGUCCAAAUGGGUAGGCGAAUUCUUCUCAGAUGUCCAGUCUUCACAACAAAAAUUGUCCAGCCCUGCUUCCAAGUACUACGGUGGAGAAGAAAGAAUCGCACACGGAUCUGGCAACGUUAUGAUCCUCGGCUUCCCAGGAUCAAGCUCGUUCACAGCCGGAUCCUCGUACAAGCCCGAGAUUGCCGUUCUCGCCGCUCUGCUAGGAGGACAAUCGAGCAUCAAAUGGUCCCCUGGCUUUGCCCUGUUGGCCAAGGCUGGCGCUGAGAUCCCCAACGUUCAAAUCUCAACACAGCACGCCGCAUACUCAGACGCCGGUCUUCUGUACGUCACCAUCACUGGAAGCGCUAGCAGCAUUGGCAAGGCUAGCCGGAAUGUCGUCGACACCCUCAAGAAGGUUGCAGCGGGAGAGAUUGCCGAAGAAGACAUCAAAAAGGCCGUCGCUGUUGCCAAGUUCAAGGCCCUCGAAGCUGGUCAGCAGACAGAAGCUGGCCUCGAAGCUACUGGAUCAGGUCUGAUUGCAGGUGGCAAAGCAUUCCAGAUCGAUGAGGUUGCCACAGGCAUUGACAAGGUUUCCUCUGAGAAAGUCAAGGCUGCCGCCAAAUCCCUCGUCGAGUCCAAGGCAUCCGUGGCAUCCGUAGGAGAUCUGUUUGUGUUACCCUGGGCUGAGGAGAUUGGAUUGAAAGUGUAGAUGAACCCUCACCUGCUGUUGAAAACCCCCCCCCCCCCUUCUCGGGUAAGGUAUUAGACCGAUACAACGACGAGUGAGUGGCUAGGGGAGAGGGAAGAAGGCGGACGCACAACUGGAAACAAACAAACCAAAAGAAGCUGCUAACGCAAUUGAUUCCCUCUCCUAAAAAGUGAAACAUUAUUGCUUCACCAUCUACUCAUCUGUGUUGUCUGUUGAAGAAAAAGAAAAAUUCGAGACUCAAGAGUGUAAAAUUUUGUACAUACCUACGUACCGUAUCGAUGCCAUGUGAGCUAAGAAGGGAAGCAAGAAGGGGGUUCGCUGGAUGAAAUAAAUUCUCUUUUACCGA